AUGCACAAAUCUACCGAGAGAGGCGCCGAAGGGCCCCAGGAUCAGUUCAAGUCUGGCCACAAGGUCCCCAUUCAACACCAUGAAAAGCCCGGUCUGCAGAGCGAACUAGGUGAUCCCAAGCCUACCUCCACCAAGCUCCCCACUGAGGACAAUGGAUACCAAACCUACAGGGCCGCCGGCAAGCUGGAAGGCAAGCGGGCCGUGAUUACCGGUGGUGACUCCGGUAUUGGCCGUGCGAUUGCGAUCUUGUUUGCCAUGGAGGGUGCCGAUGUUUUGAUCACGUAUCUGCCUCAGGAAGAGUCCGAUGCGCAGGACACGAAGCGUCGAGUGGAGGAGACGGGCCGCAAAGCUCAUCUGCUUGCGGUGGACUUGCGCGACAAGAAGAACUGCCAGAAAGUCGUGGACACGGCGUUGGAAACCAUGGGCGGAAUUGAUACCUUGGUCAACAACCACGGAUAUCAGAAUAUGGUGGAGGAUAUCAAGGAUCUGGAUGAAGAUCAAUGGGAGCGAACCUUCGACACCAACAUUCACCCCUUCUACUAUCUGUCCAAGUACGCUCUGCCUCACAUGAAACAGGGCUCCACCAUCAUCAACUGUGCCUCCAUCAACGCCUACAUUGGACGUCCCGAUCUGCUGGACUACACCUCCACCAAGGGCGCCAUCGUCGCUUUUACCCGUGGUCUUUCCAAUCAACAGAUCAAGAACGGUAUUCGCGUGAACUGUGUCUGUCCCGGACCUACCAAACGCAAUGCCGUCACCAUACUCAAUCGCUUACCUCGCUUCUCUUUACCAGUCUGGACCCCUUUGAUCCCCGCCACCAUGAACAGCUCUGCUCAGGAUCAAUUCACUUCUCCCAUGGGCCGUCCGGGGCAGCCCAGCGAGGUGGCCACCUGCUUUGUCUUCCUGGCCAGUCCCGAUUCCAGCUUCAUCUCUGGCCAGUCGCUGCACCCCAACGGUGGUGUUGUCGUGAACGGUUAA